AUCAUUUAAAAUCUCGUUUAGAUUUACAUGUCAGAAAUCUGCGAAAAGUGCGAUUGAUAAGAUCAAAAGAACGCUUGGGUUUAAUUCGAGCACGUAUGCUUGGUGCUUUAAAUGUUCGAGGAGAUGUUGUUAUUGUUUUGGAUUCUCACUGCGAAGUUAAUCAGGGCUGGUUACCGCCUCUACUUGAACCAAUCACGUUAAACGAACAUGUCGUCACAUGCCCCAUCAUUGAUUCGAUCGACCAUAACACGUUCGCCUAUCGUGAAAUGGGGUCAUAUGUGCGAGGAACAUUUAACUGGAGGUUUGAUUACAAGGAGCGUGAGAUUACUAUGGAACAGCGUAGAAGAAGAAGAGACACGACUCAAGAAGUUUGGUAA